AUGUAAAAAACAAACAUAUAAGAAAACUGCUAAAAGCAUAAAGGAUAAUUUAAAAGCAUACUAUUAUUUGAUUAAAAUAAUAUUUAGCCAUUGAUGUGCUUAUCAUGUGCUAAAAUAGCUUCUAAAAAUAGUAACAACGUUAUUGAUGUUAAUGAGUUCAUCCACUCUGAUGAGGAUUCAAUAUUUUCAAAUUUUCCUCCUUUAAUAGAUGAUACUUUGUACUAAAAGUUGGAUGAACUUUUAGCGGAUUAAGAAAAAAACUUUUUAGAUAAAUGUAUCAGCUAAGUAUAAAAUUAUUUUUAUCAGCUUAAAGCUGAGAUCAAUAUCAAGCUUGAUCUUCAAAGAGAUAAAAUAAAAAAUAAUAUAAUUUAAAUAUUUUGUUAAAAUGAUAGUCUAAUUCAUAGGUUUAACAAUAUAUCAUAAAAGAAAGAACUGUAAAAUCUUUACAAUAAUUACAAUGAAUAGUCUGCGUAAAAGAUAAAAGAAAUAGUAAAUCAAAUGUAUUAAAAUAUCAAUCAGAACACAUAAUAAAUAAAAUAAAAAGUAGAUGAAAUAAUGGAAGUUUUAAACAAAUUUCGUUUAGAUUAACCACUCUAAACAAAAAAUUAAUUAAUUUAAUUGGUGGAAAAAAUCAACUUUUUCUAAGAUUCUCUCUUAGAUUUAAAUAAAAUAAAUAAAUAAGAAUAAAUUAUUACUUCAGAUAUUAGGCCCCAACAAAAAGUUAAUUAAAUAGAGCUUUUAGGUUUCGAAAAAUCAAAAAAUUUUAAAAAUUCCUAACAAAUAAUAAUUGAAAAAACGAAGACAAAUGAAUUAUUAAUCAGAUAGAGUCGGGAGGGGUUUGGGAUAUCUUAUUCAAAUUUUAUAAUAGAUCCAAAAAAAAAAUAUGUUUUAAGAUUUGAAAUUCAGCCUUUAGAUUAAUCAAAUUAUUCAGACUUUAGUUUCAUAGCAGGACUGAUAUAAGAAAACCAUAUAAAUAGUAGUGAAAUAGAUUGUGGUAUUAGAUUACUCUAUUAAGGUUAAAAGUCUCUUUCAUCAUCAAGUAUUAUUGAAUCAACCAAUAAAAAUCUUGAAAUUAGAAUUCAUCUUCAAGAUUAAUUAUUUAAAAUUGUUAGUCUUCCUAGUUAUCACAAUGUUUAUGAACUAUAAAAAAAAGAAACCAUAAAAGAAAAUUGUUAAUUUAGAUUAGCUUUUUUACUCUACUAUACUUCACAUAAAUUUGUAAUCAAUUAUUUUAGCGAAGUGAAUAAGUUUGAAAAUGACAUUUUAAAAUGA